UGUCAGCUAUAAGUAGCCUAUAACGAUAGUUUACUAAGUGCUAUUACACACAUCUCUUUAGUAACAUUUUUCUUCUGAAAAAAAAAAACAUUUUUCUUCUGAAACGAGGCAAUGCCGACUAGUCAGAAAAUCCCAACUUGGGUUGCCGCUGCGGCUAUCAUUGCCAUCUUGGCUGUGGUUUCAUAUCAGACUCUAUUUGCGGCGGACAAUGUAGAGGGCACCAAAAUGGUUUUGCCAUUUGCUAAGACCAUUCCAAUUCCUGUUGCUGGACCAGAGAGCAUCGAGUUCGACCCACAAGGAGAAGGUCCUUAUGCUGCCGUCGUGGACGGUCGUAUUCUCAAGUGGCGAGGCGAUGACCUAGGCUGGGUUGAGUUUGCCCACACAUCUCCCCACAGAGGGAACUGUUCAAGCCGUGAAGUAGUGCCUACUUGUGGAAGACCAUUGGGACUUACUUUUGAGAAGAAAACGGGAGAUCUAUACAUAUGCGAUGGUUACCUAGGGCUCAUGAAGGUUGGACCUCAGGGAGGAUUGGCCGAGUUGGUUGUGGACGAGGCCGAAGGUCGCAAAGUUAUGUUUGCAAACCAAGGGGAUCUUGACGAAGAGGAAGAUGUCUUCUAUUUCAAUGAUAGUAGUGACAAGUAUCAUUUCAGGGAGGUAUUUUUCGUGGCUGCAAAUGGCGAGCGGUCGGGAAGAGUGAUCAGAUAUGAUAAGAAGACGAAGGAGGCCAAAGUUGUGAUGGACAAUCUACGUUGUAAUAACGGUUUGGCUCUAAACAAAGACCGGUCUUUUCUAAUCGUUUGCGAGUCGGCCACGGGUUUUGUUCAUCGAUAUUGGAUAAAAGGUCCUAAAGCUGGGACCCGUGACAUCUUUACGAGGGUCCCUGGAUACCCUGACAACAUCCGGCUGUCACCAAGUGGAGACUUUUGGAUCGGCAUACACUCCAAGAAAUCUCUAGCGGGGCGAUUGGUGAUGGGGAACAAAUGGCUUGGGAAGCUGGUUGAGAAGACAGUGAAUUUGGACUUGUUGAUUGCCGUGCUGAACGAAUUCAAACCGAAUGGAAUGGCCGUGAAAAUCUCUGGGGAGACGGGAGAGAUCCUUGAGAUACUUGAGGAUAAAGAAGGGAAGACGAUGAAAUAUGUGAGUGAGGCUUAUGAGAGAGAAGAUGGAAAGAUAUGGUUUGGGUCUGUUUUUUAUCCAGCCGUUUGGGUUCUUGAUCGCAAGUAACUCUGUUUUUCUUUUUAACUCUGUAUUGUUGCAAGCAGUGAUGUGUUCUAUACAGUAUUAAUAAAUAUUUCUUUGUGUGUAA